AUGCAACAGGCCUGCAACGCUCCUGGUGCUGCAGUCACUUUGAUACUCGAAGAUCAGCUCAAACGGAUAGUAACUCACGAUGCUCGAAGAACGCAUAAACAGAAAAUGGCUGGGCUCAUACCGAGAGGAUAUGACUCGCCCUUUGGGGACUUCCCUCCAGAUUAUAAGCCCAAGAGGAACCUCAUAAACACUAUAGGACUCGCUAGAUCGAGGCCGCAGGCAGUAGAACGUGUAGGGCCCAAAGGGGCUGCCAGACCCGACUGUAUACCACCUCCCAGGGCAGGGGCGUAUAGUCGUAAGCCUAUCAAACCGACUGAGUUCAGGAAGUUCUAUGAUCGAGGGGACCUGCCGAUACAGGUAUCACACGCUGGAACGUGGAAUAGGAUAGCGUGGAAGGCUGAUAUCGAGAAGUUGGACUAUCAUCACUACCUACCUAUAUUCUUUGACGGUAUCCGUGAGAAGGAGGAGCCCUACCGAUUCCUAGCGGUCGAAGGAGUUUACGAUAUGCUCGAGAAAGGCGGUGCUAGGAUACUACCAGUCAUACCCCAGCUUAUUAUACCCAUCAAGACGGCUCUGAAUUCGAGAGAUCCCGAAGUCAUCGCCACUACUCUUAAAAUGCUACAGACGCUGGUGUUGUCGGCAGAAAUGAUAGGAGAGGCACUGGUGCCUUACUAUAGGCAGAUUUUACCCAUAUUCAACAUCUUCAAGAACUCCAACAUCCAUUGUAAAGAUAAGAUGGACUAUGGCCAAAGGAAGCGUUUGGUAUUGGGGGAUCUUGUGGAGGAAACUCUGGAGAUUUUUGAGAUUCACGGUGGCGAAGAUGCCUUCAUAAACAUCAAGUAUAUGGUACCAACCUACGAGUCAGUGUGCGAAUUCGAGAAAGUGAAUGAGGUGAAAUUCCUACAAGAGCAGCACGCAGCUGCGGUCACUGCUCUGGCACGGAUCGAGCAACAACGAGAUGAAGCACGUGCUACUGUACGAGACUAUGAACAGAGUCAAGAGGCAGUUGAGAAAGAAUAUGAAAGUGAUAUGAACAACUUGAGAGUUCUGCAAGAAGAGGAAAGAGAGCAACGAGUGCAGCUACAGCAACAUGACGAUAAUAUAACGGAGGCUGCACUCACCAAUACGAAUAUAAAGACUAUGAUCAAGAGUGAGGAGGAGGCCAUCGUUAAUCUGAAGGCUGAGCAGAAGACCAGUAUAGCGGAGGAAGUCAGACUAGAAGGCAUUGCUGAGGAGUUUAAGAGGAUUAAGAAGUUGGGCGAGGAUCAGGUCGUAUUCACCGAUAACGAGGCUGCCCGAGUGAUGGAAAUGCUACGACAAAUCGUACAGGAGCAGGACCAGAUCGUUGCAGCUAUGAGGAACAUGGAGGCUCAAGCCAAGUCGGAGAUGGACUCGGUAGAGACGGCGUUGAGGGCUGAGAAGAAGCGGAAUACAGAGCUCUUGCAGCAGUGCCGACACAAUGAGGUGACUGAGAGGAAGAUGACACAGGAGAUUGAAGACUUGAAAAGGCUCAGUGACGAGGAGAGGAAGGAGCUCAUCAGGCUCGAGGCCAUGCGUGAUGGGUCAGCGUAUGAGCAGGAGCAAUACGUCAACGAGAAAGGAGAGCUCAUGAGGAGGCUGGAAUCACUGAAGGAGCAAAAUAAGAAGUCUUGUCUACCUUGCAUCGAUCACUCAGUAGUUGUCGUUGAUUGUCGUAGAUACAGUGAUUCGAUCACUGAGUUGGAGAGUAGCAAUGAGAGGACACGGGAGAAGUACAAUGGCCAAGCCGAGAGGUUCCGUGAUAUGGGAGAUCAGGUCUUCCGUCUCAUGGACCAGUUGAAGCUUCUACAGCUCGAGCGGAAGAAGCGGGUCGAGUCGGUGUCCGAGAGGAGGAAGAGGGCCGAGCAUUUGGAGGUUGCCAAUGCUCAGUCGUUAGCCAAGAUUGAGGUAGAGCGUGAGGCGCGGCAGGAUGCGGAGGCAGCACUGAGGAAGGUCCAACAGGUCCUUAACCUCCUUCGUAAGAAGCAGAGAUCUCUGGAGGAGACCUAUACCAUGGCGACCCGUGUUUGGGAGAAGACAGAGAGGGAUGCAAAUCAGCUUUACGAUAAUCUAAGAGCACUGACGACGCGUAACCAGUAUCUCGUGAAUCGGGUGGAUGGGCAAGUAGAUGAUUCAUCUACACUGAAGCAGCUUCUUGCUGAGAUGCGGGAGGAGUUGCAGAAACUGCGACAAACGGUGUGCUCUGUGGAGGCGUCGGUAGGGGGAUGGGGGAGGCCUUUCCCUGCUCAGGAAAAGGAGCUACAGGAUCUCACUGAUGAGGCUGUGCCUUUGCUGUGCGAAAUGCUCAAUAUGCUCUCCUACCUACGGCUGUUGGACAUAUCAGAGAACUACUUUACCUCUGGUGGGAUUGGCAAAGUUUCGGAUUCUAUGAAGGGGAUGGAGGGCAUAACGUCAGUGCUGGUCAAUGAUGAGAUCAUCACAGCGAAUUCGGGUGUUCAGACUAGAGUCCAGGUCGGUGUCUAUGGUGUGCUAUGGGUAAAGUGA